AUGCCCCCCGACCAGCCCGAUGAGACAUGGAUCGACGUAGAUGACUCUCACCCCGAGGACUACCCUAGCGAUAGCCACUCCUUUACUACCUCCCUCGCCUCCUCCGUCCAAGACUACAGUUUCGAGAACGGCCGCCGCUACCAUGCCUACCGGGAAGGCGAAUACCCCUUCCCCAACGAUGAAGCCGAGCAGGACCGCCUCGACAUGGUGCACUACAUCUUCCGCAUGGCCUUGCAGGGGAAGCUCUACCAAGCACCGUUGCGCGGCCCCAUUCGCCGCAUCCUCGACCUCGGCACGGGCACGGGGAUCUGGGCCAUCGAGAUCGCCGACGAGAUGCCGCAGGCCCGCGUGCUGGGGAAUGAUCUGAGCCCGAUCCAACCUACCUGGUUCGCUGCCGACGCCGCCGCACUGCUAGAAUCCUUGUACUUCAUCAUCGACGACAUCGAAGCCCCCUGGCCCUACUCCCCCGCCGAGGCGCUCGACUUCAUUCACCAGCGCAACAUGGUUGGCUCCAUCGCCGACUGGAACGGUCUCUUCGCCCAGGCGCACCAGCACCUCGUGCCCGGCGGAUACUACGAGAUCCAAGAGUUCCGGGUCGACUUCCAGUCCCAGGCGCGAGGCGGGCCCACUCUGGCCGAGACCUCCAGCAUCGCGCGGUGGCAGCGGUCCCUUCAAGAGGCGUCGAGCCGCUUCGGCAAGCCCAUCAACGUCGUGCACACGCUGGCCGACACGCUGCGCCGCAACGCCUUCGUCGACGUCACCGAGGAGAUUAUCAAGAUCCCUAUUGGCGCGUGGGCCCGCGACCCCAAGCUCAAGCGGCUCGGGGUGCUCAUGCAGGGCCACGCGAUCGACUCGGUCGAGCCCCUGACCAUGGCGCUUUUUACGCGGGUGCUGGGCUGGUCGGAGGCUGAGUGUCGCGCGCUGAUCGCCGAGGUGCAGGCGGAGUUCUCGGCCAGUCCGGAGCGGCGGCAGUUGUUUGUCGAGUUGCAUGUCAUUCAUGGACGGACGCCGUGUUCGGGGGUGUGAUGCUGCGGGGACUGUGGUUGUAGCCAGGGGAUCCUUUGCUGAAUUGCGGUUGUGUGGCGACGGUCCUGUCAAGGGUGGUCUCACCCUGGUGUGAGACGCAUGGUGAUUUAGCCUGUUGUCGAUGUCCCAGACAAUGCAGGGCCUACAGGCUGAUUUCGCGCGGGGUGAAGCGGGGUGAUUGCUGCAGGUGCCUUCUUGGCAUCGCUAUACACGUAUGGAAUUGGUUCUCCGCAUCAAUCAGCAAUUAUCCAUGGGAU